GGGGCCGGGUGCCGCGGGCGGCGGGGCGGGGGCGGUGCCGAGCCCGGCCGGGAAAUUCCCCCUGAAAAGGGCGGCGAGCGGGGCGCGGCUCGGCUCGGCUCGGCUCUGCACGGCACGCAGCCGGGCGUCUGACCGGCCCGACGGACAGACCGACGACAGGCAGACAGACAGAGGGGGGCCGGAGCGGAGCCGUCAGGAUGGCCGGUGGCCCUGAGCCCUACAUUGAAAUAUUUGAACAACCCAGGCAAAGGGGCAUGCGUUUCAGAUACAAAUGUGAGGGAAGAUCAGCAGGCAGCAUUCCAGGAGAACACAGUACUGAAAACAACAAGACAUUCCCUUCUAUACAGAUUCUGAAUUAUUUUGGAAAAGUCAAAAUAAGAACUACAUUGGUAACAAAGAAUGAACCCUACAAGCCACACCCUCAUGACCUGGUUGGAAAAGACUGCAGAGAUGGCUACUACGAAGCAGAGUUUGGGCCAGAACGGCGAGUCCUGUCUUUUCAGAAUUUGGGCAUUCAGUGUGUGAAGAAGAGAGACCUGAAAGAAUCAAUUUCCUUACGAAUCUCGAAGAAGAUCAACCCUUUUAAUGUGCCUGAAGAGCAGCUGCACAACAUCGAUGAGUACGAUCUCAACGUCGUCCGUCUCUGCUUCCAAGCUUUCCUCCCUGAUGAACAUGGCAACUACACGUUAGCUCUUCCUCCUUUGAUUUCCAACCCGAUCUAUGACAACAGAGCUCCCAACACAGCAGAACUGAGAAUUUGCCGUGUGAAUAAGAACUGUGGAAGUGUAAAAGGAGGAGAUGAAAUAUUUCUACUCUGUGACAAAGUUCAAAAAGAUGAUAUAGAAGUCAGAUUUGUCUUGGACAACUGGGAGGCCAAAGGCUCCUUCUCACAAGCUGAUGUUCACCGCCAAGUUGCAAUUGUGUUCAGAACGCCACCAUUUCUCAAAGACAUCACCGAGCCUGUCACAGUGAAGAUGCAGUUAAGAAGACCUUCCGACCAGGAAGUCAGUGAACCAAUGGACUUCAGAUACCUACCAGAUGAAAAGGAUCCGUAUGGUAACAAAGCAAAAAGGCAAAGGUCAACGCUGGCUUGGCAAAAGCUCAUACAAGACUGUGGAUCAAAUGCGACAGAGAGGCCCAAAGUGGCUUUGUUUUCUGCUGCCAACCCUGAAGGGAAGAUGAUCAAGAAAGAACCAAACAUGUUUUCAUCCACGCUGAUGAUGCCAGGGCUAGGAACUCUGCCCAGCUCCGGUCAGAUGUACCCCGGGUGCAAUCAGAUUCCCCAUCAGCCCGCACAGGUGGGUCCAGGGAAGCAAGACACACUCUCUUCCUGCUGGCAGCAGCUGUACAGCACCCCCUCCUCGGCUGGCAGCCUGCUCAACGCGCACCCACAGAACAGCUUUGCAGCAGACGUGCCUCAGCCUGGCACACAGGGCAGCAGCACUCUCCCAGCUUUCCACGAUAACCCUCUGAACUGGCCUGAUGAGAAGGAUUCCAGCUUCUACAGGAAUUUCAGCAGCCCAAACGGGAUGGGAGCAGUGGCAGUGUCAACUGCAGAUGUGCAGAGUGUUUCUACUAACAGCAUCGUGCACCAGACUCAUCAGGCCAGCACCACAGCAAGCAUCAUGAACAUGGAGACCGAUGACAUGAACUGCACUAGCAUAAACUUCGAGAAGUAUAAUCAGGUGUUAAAUGUAAGCAAUCACAGGCAGCAGCUCCACCAGGUGCCUCCAGCUUGUCCACCUGUGGUAGCCCCUGGCAGCACACCUUUUAAUUCACAGUCUAACUUAGCUGAUCCAGCAGUUUACAGUUUUUUAGACCAAGAAGUUUUAAGCGAAUCAAGACUAUCCACCAACCCUAUCCAAAAUCAUCAGAACAGCAUUGCAGAUAGCCAGUUCUAUGACACCGACGGUGUCCACGCUGAUGAGCUCUAUCAGCCUUUCCAAUUUGAUACCAUAUUACAAAGCUAUAACCAUUGAGUCCCCACUGUCGGGCUGAAGUGGGGUACGUACAGCAACGAGUAACUUACCCUUCUUCUGGAUUCCCUGCUUUCUCUUUCAGAAUGUCACUAUGUAAGUUUCACGAUGUAACUUAAAGUUAUAUAUUACAGCCCAAAGACUGGUGCCCAUAAAGAAGAAAGGUGGGAGUAGGGUUUGGGGUUCUGUACUUUAGAAGUGCCUCUUAGAUGUUAUUAUGCUGUUGGAAAAGGGAAUUGUUAAUACUUAAAGCAUCCUUACCUUUGGGGAUAGUAAAAGCUGGUAUCUUCAAAAGGGUCAAAUUUCAUAUAAUUCACAGGGUUAAAAUUGCCUGCAAAGAAACUAUUUUUGCUAUGGAAAGCAUUUUACGUUUUGAUAGAACAGAAACUAGGAAGAAACUGCACAAGGGCACUCUAGUUCAGAUUCACCUAAUGUUAAAGUUUUACUCAAUUUGCUUGGAAGAUUCAGGUUUCUUACCCUCUUUCGUAUAAAAUAUUUUUCUCCUAAAACAAGAUCAUGCAUUGAUUUUUCACAUUUUCACCAUAUUCCAUUUGCUUUCAAGGCAAAUUUACUCUAAAAAAAAUUUAAUGACUAUGUCAUUGUUAGAUAUAUUUUAAAAGACCGGAAGGUUUGAGUUUUUAAAUAGUCCAGAUCUGUUGUAAAUGAAUCACUGCACAGAACAAUGAACAGAAAGUAAGGACUUCUCUGCACUUCAUCCCAAGUGCACUAUUUUAAAUGACAAAACCCUGUUGCUUUAGGAAUGGAGCAUGCCGUUAUUUCUCCGGAAUUUGUUUUUGUGUGUAUGUAGCUGUGAUGCGUAUUUUAUUUUGAUCUGCAGAAAUAUUAUUGAGCCGAAGCCUCUACCUAUUCUUUCCUCAGGUAUCCUGGCAGUUUCCUGCUAUGCAAGUGACUGCUUAAAAAAUGGCUCAGAUCCGGCCUCCCCACGACCCCCUCACAAGAAGGCUUGGGGCAAACCCAGAGGCAGUCUUAGUGCAGCCUAACUUAGAUGCACUGUAUUAACAAUUUAAGGCCAUUUCAGUCCGUACUAAUUAAAAACACUCCUUUAUGCUCUGUAUCAGAAACCAGAACUUCCUCUCUUCACUUGCUUCCCAAUCUUCAUUCUUAGCCUGAGGUGUGAGGUGUCCGAGGACAGCUCGCACAAAUUAACUGGCUAGGUGAGACACUCGUCUGCAUAUAGGGCUUUGCUAUUUUAUUAUUAUUAUUAUAAAAAGCAAGACAGCAAUAAAUAUAUCAGUGCAUUUCUUAAGUUAUAGAGCUGUUUCAUAUGGCAGAUAAGGCUUAAGAAUCUAAUUUUUACUGUUUGGCAACGUAAAACUGCACAAUGAAAAGACGCAAUAAAUAGCACACUUGAAUGUAAAAGAAACAAAAAACACAUCCCCAAAUCAAAAAAGCUACUUGAGAUGUACAGUUGUAUGCAAGGCAAAAAGGAACUCCAAAAAACUCAGUGGUUUAUGGGAAAGCAAUGACUAUUUAAGUGCAGUAAUUCACUGCAUUCAAAGCAGUGAGUUGCUGCAGCUGUAAUGCAUGACACCAAUUACACAGGUUUGAUGGAAAAGGUUCUUUCAAGGUGUAUAAAUGAAGUUUGGAACACUGCUUCCUGUAACUCCGAUACACAACAGAAUGAAUUGACUCUCCACACUUACUUAAAGCAAGUUUUUCUCACUUCUGCAAAACACUUACCUUUUCAGGAGCUCCGCCACGGUCUUGUGACAGAAAGACCAAAGAAAUACAAAGAAAGCUUGAAAUGUGUUGUUUAUUCAAUUCUUUUUUUGAAGUUCUCAACUUUAAGUUUAUUAAAAGUAAACAUUUUCCUUACUUUAUAGAAUGCUCUUUAUAGUACAAUUUGUUUUUACAGUAUAAUUAAAUAUUUUCAAAGUUCUGUUUUCCUUUGUAAACAAGUUGGUUUGGUAAUUAAAAAAACUGGUUAUACUAAGGACUCAGCUUCUGCAGCCUUCUCAGAUUCACAGCAUCCCUCACAUUAGGGAGGCCAGAGCAAUCGGAGAAAUUAGGCAUUGGCUUGCUUAUCCUGGGGCUCUUUAGACUAUUUUGUUCCGUUCACAAUUACUGUUGGUUGCUGUGAAACCUUAAGCAAUGUGUAUAUUAAGGAUUCAUUUGCACUCAGCAUUUUUUUGUGGCACAACAGUUGACUUGUUGGGCAGAUGGGCACAGAGCACAGACGCACUCAGGCUCAGCUAGAGGUGUACACCAGGUACAGCGUGCACUCACUGCCUUCCCUGCAAAGCGCUGUCUUCAGGCUCGGCGAUGCUGAUACAAAAAAAUGGAGGGGGACAUUUUAGAUGCCCAGUUGCUUGGAGAAAUACAACAGUUUCAUUUUAAAUCUUUCCAGUAUGAAGAAAGAUGAUGCUAAGGAACACUGCUUGGACCUUGUUUUUCAGCAUUUUCCACGUAACGGGCUAGAAAAUACCUUCCUCUUACACACAUGCCUCAAGAACAAAAUUAAAUCUUGCUCUUGUUAUUCUCACAAAACAUCCUGAGUAUUCACAAGUGGGUAAUUUACUUUUAAAAACAAGAUGAAGGCCAAAGUAGAACAUUAACAUUAUUGCUGCAAAAUUCCUUACAGAUUACGCUCGUUCAAAAUGUUUACCUUAUAUUAGAAACUGCAGACUUUAAACAAAGUUCAAAGACCGGAUUACAGCUCAUUUUCAUACAGCCACGUGAUAACCGAACAAUAAAUGACUAGCUAAACAGCUGUACAGACAUUUGCAUCAGCGACUUUUUUUUUUUUCUUUUUCCUUCCUCUGGUGUAUUUCACAUUUAUCAUAAAAAGCCAUUUAAGUAUUUUUGGUGGACCUCACUCCGUUGUAUGGAGACGAUUAGACUCAGCACCUUUAGCAUAGUCUUUAGAGCCUCAUUUCUCUGCAUUCUGAUUCUUAACAUGGUGUCCACUGGCACCAUGACAUUGUACAGCAUAUUGCAGGAAGCUGAAUGUGAGUGCACCUUUAAGUGUCUCUGAACUAUGACCGGAGCAGGAGUCCUUCCUGCUGCUGCCUUGGUAGUUCUAUUUGCCCUCUGGGACAGCUCUUCUAAUGUCUGUCAUGCCCAUAGUGCAGCCUUGCUUAGAUUUUUCCCCUCUAGUUUAUGGAAUUUAUAAAUCACAUUUUAGCUCACUCUUGAGUUUCUGUCAAGAAAUCACACUGAUAUGAGACUGAAAUUCUCUUUUGUUUGUUUUCUGAAUUCAGUUUCUUAAGUUUUCCAUCUUUCGCGACACUUCCUUUCUGGGUACUGAUUACUAUCUGAGGCAACUACUCCUAGAAUCUGUUGCUCAUAACAGCUUUAAGAUUAAAAACAAAGAAAUCUUGCUGUCUGAAUCAGGUUCGUACUGUUUUUUAUGGGAAAAACAGGAGCUUCUGAACUGCUGCUAUACUCAUGUCACAGUGGACUAGGAGAACAAAUGAUGACAGACAAGUUCUAAAAGCUCAUCACAGACAGAGUAUACAAUAUUUAGACUAAUUUUUCAAGAUGAGUUUUUAGGCACUCCUUUUUUAGGCACUUUUUUUUUUUUUUAGGCGCUCCAUACAUUUUGUAUGCAUUAGUGCCUUUCUGAGCCUUCAACUAAAGUUACUGUGCAUCUGCUCUACUGUAAAGUCCUGGCACCGCUGACUUCAAGGUAACACAUCUCAGUGUAACACAUCUUCCCUGUCCCUAAACUGUUUUUUCCUGGAAAAUAAUUACCCUCAAUCUCUGAAAUGUUCGUUAAUGAAGAGCCCUUAAAUUCCAAACCUUAAUUUCUUGAGGACAGUGUAACUCUUUUGUACUUCAGGUAAGCAGAAACAUCUUCCUAACCGAAUUAACAUCCAGGUAUCCAUCCAAGGCUAGGUACUAGAAAAAAUGCAGCAUGCUGCAACCAUACUGCAAAACAAGGCAUUUUAUCUCUGUCUUGGUCUUUUAACACCAACAUUCUUCAGAACGUUUUAUAUUUGUUUGCACUUUGGGGUUCCUGGUAUCCCUAUUUUUCUCUAGAAUUCCAUCAUGCAUUGCCAGGAAUUCCCUAUCUUUUGGUGACUCACGGGGAAAUCCUGUGCGUGAAGACUGUAACCAGGCCAGAGAGCUGCUGAGGCCACUACUACCUCAAAGUGUAGUUUCUAGGAAGCGUCGCUGAUGUUUUACAAUAAGAAAAACAGUUUUAAGUGCAAAGUUUUUAUCUGCAAACUGUGUUUCCAUUUGAAAAGCACUCGGAGGCCAAUCUGUCUGUCUCUGAAGCUAACAUUGAUCAAAAAGCAGCAAGCACAAGGUAGAGUAUCACCUCGUUCCAGGCACUACCCUACUGCUUUCAGAGUCUCCUCUUGUGAAACAGUCCUGCAUGAACAGGGCUCAGAAAAUGCUAGGACUGCAUUUCAGGCAAUUCAGUGCUACCUGCAUCCAGACAAGAAAGCUACAACAUCCAAUAUAAAA